UAUUUCGCCUGUGGAAAUACUAUCAAGCUGCCAGCUGAUUCUGGUCUUAACAUUUGUCAAUGAAAUGUUUCUCAAACCUUUAAAAAUCAAGUCUCAGACGGCUAUUAAGGGCUCUGACCGCAAAAAGUUGAGAGCAGAACUAGAAGUCCAGUUUCCAAGUCUUCCCUCUGAUCAAUGGACUGAUCUGGUACCAAAUAAGGAAGAGAUGAGUAUUAUGAAAAUCUACUCACACUCGGGAGAAAGCGUUGUAGUAUAUGUUCUUCACAAAAAUCCCAUAUUCUUUGAAGUAAAUAGAUGUCUUUUUCCCACAGUGUACACAUUGUGGAAGAACCCAGAUAUCGUUCCAGUCUUUACAACAUGGCCUCCAGUGUUUGAGAAAAUAUCUGGAGGAGCAGAUCUAAUGUUGCCUGGGAUAGUAGUUAAGGGAGAUGUCACCCCCAGAUCAUUAUGGUCUUUGGAGAAAGGUGCCAUAUGUGCAAUUAACCUUGCAGGGAACAGAUGUCCUGUAGCCAUUGGGAGAGCAGCCCUGUCCAGUAGUGAUAUGGUGGACUCUGGAAUGAGGGGAAAAGGAGUCAUUGUUAUCCAUUCUUAUCUAGAUCAUUUGUGGGCUGCUGGGGACAAAGGCCAAUUACCUAUUGUACAUGAUGGCUUAGCACCUUCUGAAAAUUUUGAAGAAAAUGGAGAAGCUGAAGAAAUGUCAGAAGAAAAUUCUGAGACAUUUGGAGAAAAACCAGAAUCUGCUGGAAUAAUAAACACAGACAACAGUUUAUCAGAUUUAACAGAAAAUCAGCUGUCAAUUGAAAAAUCAUACUGUGCAGCAGGUGAAAGAGAUGAUAAUGGCUUAAAUUCAGGAGUAGAAAAUAGCAAUAAUAGAGAGACUGAAGAUGUCACUGUCGAAGAAAGCAAUAUCGAAUGCCAAGAAGAGACAAUCAGUCCAGAAGACAUGGAUGACCUUUUGGACAUGUGCUUUAUGUGUGCUUUGAAGACACAGGUCAAGAAGAGUGACUUGCCACUGCUUACCAGUAAAUUUUUUAGGAGUUACAUGGUACCUUUUUGUCCAUCUGGAAGAUUUCUUGAUAUUAAAAAAUCAUCACACAAAAAGCUGUCCAAGUUUCUGCAGGUCAAACAGUCCCAAGGCCUUAUAGAUGUCAAAGAGCUGUCCAAGGGGGUAGAGAGCAUUGUUACUAUCCAUAAGGAUAAUCAGAGUCUUAGAGAGUUCAGUGUACCUGAGGGGUUCACUUUCCAUGAAGAAGUACAAGAUGAGGAGACGAGUGGUGCUAAAGCAUCUUAUCAACCUCCAGAAAUAACUUUGAUGUACUCUAUCCCUCAUAAUAUGGUGAUUUUGUUCAAGCCAAGUGGUUACAUGAAAGACGGCGUCUUAGUUGCAAGUGAAGUGAGAGAAGCUCUUGUGAAAUAUGUCAAAGAAAAUGACCUCCAAGAUAAGGACAACAAAGGUCAGGUAGUUCUUGAUCCAAUCUUGACCGACUGCUUAGUCAGUAAGAACGACUAUGUCACACAUUUAAGAUGGGAAGAUUUGACAAGCAGUUGUUUGUCAAAGCUGCAGGUGGUCCAUCAGAUUACCUUUCCAGGUCAAAAGCCAGUGAUCAAGAAAGGAAAGAUUCAGCUCAUUAAAAUCAAUGUGGUGCAGAGAGCAGGGAAUAAGAAGGUCACCUUGUUGGAAAAUCUGGAAACCUAUGGCAUAGAUCCUCAUGAGUUUGCCCACACUGUCCAGAUAGGUGUAGCCUGCAGCACCACGGUCUCCCCACUCCCAGGCAAGAAUAAGGGCAUGCAGAUACUAGUCCAGGGAAAUCAGGUGGCACAUGUUGGCAAACUUCUAACAGAAAAAUACCAAAUCCCUCAGAAGUUUGUAUCAGGCUUGGAAAAAGCACCAAAAUCUGGAAAGAAAAAGAGAUAAUAAGAUUAGAAAAUAUGCAAUCAGAAUACUGCAAAUAGGAUUAUUAAUUGAUACAUGCUUUAAAAAGUGGAGCAAAGAUACCUGGAAAAGUGUGACAACAACACUAUAUUGGAAGUGGUGCAGCUGGUUUGCUAAACAUUUCAACACAAAUCUCCUGAUACCAUAAUUUAUUGCAAGAUCAUUUUGAAAUGGGCUGUGAAUCCAUAAGCCUUCAGCACUUUAAUUAUGUGCAAUAAAUGGUUUUUGAAUUAUUUCAUUUUUUCCCUAAGGGUCCAUUUUUGUUUUAUCAUUUUAUGUAAGAAAUACGUUACUAAUAUAUGGAAAUAGCCAUAAAAAAAGCAGCAAAAAGAUUAUCAACAUGCUUAACUACCCUUCUUUUUAAGAGAAAGAAAACAUGUUAUCUGGUAUUUUAUAUGCUGAUGAUUGUUUAACACUAAAGAUGUAAUACGAAAUG